UGUGUUCCCAUGUUGGCGCUGGACCGCACAUGCAUGCGAGCGCAGAAGCUGAUGCGCGACACCUGGGUGCGAGAAAUUUGGUUUGCACUGCUCCGGGUGGGCAGUGGGGUGAGGACGAUAUCCUUGUGGACAGGGCGGAUGCAGGCGAGGCCCUCACUCUGUCCCUCUUCCAUCUCGAUCGUGGCUCAAGGCCAAGGUGGUUACUCGAGUGGAGGCCCCGUCGUUCCCUGGCUCGCGCGGUCCGCGGCUGGGAGCGAUGGGCAAGGGCAAAGGCGGCAAGGACAAGGGCGGGGGCAAGGGCAAGGUCAAGGGUAAAGGGAAGGACAAGGGCAAAGGUGGCAAAGGUAAGGGCGGCAAAGGGAAGGGCGGUAAAGGUGGCAAGGGCAAGGCCAAAGUGGUUACUCCAGUAGAGGCCCCGUCGUCCCCGGCUCGCGCGGUCCGCGGCUGGGCGCGAUGGGCAAGGGCAAAGGCGGCAAGGAUAAGGGCGGGGGCAAGGGCAAGGUCAAGGGGCGGCAAAGGCAAGGGCGGUAAAGGUGGCAAGGGCAAGGCCAAGGCGAAGGUGGUGAUCGAGCCCCACCGCUUCGCUGGUGUAUUCGUGUCGAAAGGAAAGGACGACUCCCUGGUGACGAGGAACCUCGUUCCUGGCGAGUCCGUUUACGGCGAGAAGCGCCUGGCAGCCGAGGCGGAGGAGGGAGAGGAGAAAGUGGAGUACCGCGUCUGGAACCCCUUCCGCUCCAAGCUGGGCGCCGGGAUCGUGGGUGGCAUCGAGCAGAUGCCAGUCAAACCUGGUGCCAAGGUGCUCUACCUCGGGGGCGCCUCUGGAACCACCGUCUCCCACGUCUCCGACAUGAUCGGCCCAGAGGGCGUCGUGUACGCAGUUGAAUUCUCGCAUCGCUCCGGCCGCGACCUGACCAACAUGGCGAAGCGUCGACCAAAUGUGGUGCCAAUCGUGGAGGACGCCCGGCAGCCACAGAGGUACCGGAUGCUCGUCGGCAUGGUGGACGUCAUCUUCUCCGAUGUGGCGCAGCCAGACCAGGCGCGGAUCGUGACCCACAACGCCUCUUUCUUCUUGAAGAACGACGGGUGGGUCGUGAUUUCGAUCAAGGCCAACUGCGUUGACUCCACGGCUGCGCCCGAGGCAGUGUUCGCAUCUGAGGUGGACAAGCUCCGCAAGGACGGCUGCAAGCCAAAGGAGCAGCUCACCCUCGAGCCCUACCAUCGCGACCACGCCCUGGUGGUCGCAGUAUACCGCGCCAGCAAGAAGAAGAAGAAGGACGAGUGAUGGGACCCCCCUUUGGUACCACUGUUGCCAUCAUCUUCCCCAUCCCUCUGGUGUAUUCCUCGCCGACUUCCUCCUCUCGUCCUCCUCCUCCUCCCCCCCCUCUCUCUUUCCCUCCCUCCUCAGCCUCCUCCUCCUCUUCCCCCGCCUCCUCCCGAUCCCAUGAUGCUUCAAAUGCGGUUUAUGAUGUAAGCCUGUUUUUGCGUACAGCUUUCAUUUUCGACCCAGGAUCAGGAUCGCGCCAGCUUACAUGCACGCGAGUUCUUGCAAUCUGGUGCCAGAGCGCGCAAGCCACCCAACCACGGACGUGCCCCCUGAGAGUACUUGUGGGCAGUCUUUGCGAUUAUAGUGAUAGAGUGUCUCGACCUAUUCCCGGUUGCUCUCCCCCUCGCUUUAGAAAAUG